CUCAUAUAUAACCUAACUCUUCCCUUGCCUUCUCAAUGAACCAAGAAAAUAAAACAAAAUAUAUCAAACACUUUCUAACAUAAACACCCACAAAACCAACCUCUCAACUUUCUCUUUUGGGUUUCUUUUCUUGAAGUUUAAUCACUUCUUCUUCACCCCUUUCAUCAGAGUUAUUUCAAAUGGAAGAUAUUGAUGUCCCUUCUUUCUUUCUCUGCCCCAUCUCUCUCCAGCUCAUGACAGAUCCAGUUACAGUGCCAACUGGUAUAACUUAUGAUCGCCAGAGUAUAGAGAAAUGGCUCUUCGCAGGCAAGAAUCACACAUGUCCAGUUACAAAACAACUCAUUUCUGAUUGUGACUUAACCCCAAACUUAACUCUUAUGCGUUUGAUUCAGUCCUGGUGCACCCUUAAUGCUUCACACGGCGUAGAAAGAAUCCCCACCCCUAAACCUCCCAUCAGUAAACAACAGAUGGCUAAGCUUCUCAAAGAUGCUAAGUCACCUCAGCAACAGCUUAAGUGUUUAAGGAAGUUACGUUCCAUAGCCAAUGUCAACGAUACAAACAAAAGAUGCAUGGAGGCUGCUGGUGCUGUUGAGUUCUUGGCUUCCAUUGUUAACAACUUUACUUCUUUGUCGUUCGAAGAGUCUUCUCUAGAUGGUGCUGGGAUCGAGAUUGCAAGACUAAGUGACGAGGCCUUGAGCAUUCUUUAUAGUCUUCAAUUAUCCGAAUCGGGUCUCAGGAAUCUUAUAGGAAAGAAUGGAGAAGUCAUUCAAUCUUUAACAAGAGUGAUGCAAAAUGGAAACUACGAGUCUCGAGCUUAUGCAGUUUUGCUGUUGAAAUCAGCACUCGAGGUUGCUGAUCCGAUGCAACUUGUAAGUUUGAGACCUGAACUUUUCGUCGAGAUAGUUCAAGUUUUAAGUGACCAAAUCUCCCAUCAAGCAUCCAAAGCUGCAUUGCAGCUGCUCAUCAAUCUUUGUCCAUGGGGAAGAAGUAGACUCAAAGCAACCGAGGCGAAAGCAGUGUCUACUUUGAUCGAUCUUCUUCUUGAUUCAUCAGAGAAACGGACUUGCGAAAUGGCGCUAGCAGUGCUUGAUUUGCUAUGCCAAUGCGCAGAAGGAAGAGCUGAAUUGUUAAAGCACGGAGCUGGAUUAGCAGUUGUUUCAAAGAAGAUAUUAAGAGUUUCUCAGGUGGCAAGUGAGAAGGCAGUGAGGAUUCUUUUAUCAAUUUCAAAAUUCUCAGCAACUUCUACUGUUUUACAUGAAAUGUUGCAGAUUGGUGUUGUGGCCAAAUUGUGUUUGGUGCUCCAAGUAGACUGUGGCAGCAAGGGCAAAGAUAAGGCCAGGGAAGUGCUUAAAUUGCAUGCUAGAGCCUGGAAGAAUUCUCCUUGCAUACCUGCAAAUCUUCUAUCUUCUUAUCCAGCUUAACUGUCAGAAAGAAAGCAUCAAUUUAAAAUCAUAGUUUCCAUCCCCUUCUUAAUUGUAAUUGACCAAUUAGUGUGUACAUAAUUCAUUUAGAUAAGCAAAAACAGAUACAUACAUGGAUACGAAAGUUGUAUCCAUUCAUAUACAUAUUUGAUGGCAGAUGUAUUUUGUUCUAUUUUUGAGGAAAUUAAUGAUUGUUAACAAAGUUGAGAUCCUUUUACAAGUCA